AUGUGCAGCGCACCUCAUCUCUUACUGACAUCUCUUCCUCCUGCUAGCAUCUUUUCUGAGCACUUCUUGUCAUUAUCUCUCCCAUCUCCCGAGUCAUCAUAUCAAUACAUGUCGAAUUUGUCAUCUGAUGGCUCCCACACCCAGUUGUCUGGUGCCUCCCGAGUCCAAGCUGAGCAUCAAUUCGAGCAGGAAACUGUCUCGUCAUGCGAAGCAAUCAUCGAAGAGUUCCGGAGGGGCAAGGUUUCAAAAGCAGACACAUCUAUACGCCUUCUCGAGGCCAUUAAGUAUCAAGAUGCUGGCACUGAAGAGGAAGUCACUUCCAAAUGUGCAGCCUACAGCGUUUUCUUCAGUGAACUUGAGGAGGUCGAAUCUACCUCCAGAGAUGCAGCUCACAGAGGGGAAAUGCAGCUCCCGGAUCCUAUCGGGGAUGAUGCCCCUGACAUUGAGCCCACUGAAGGGAUCGCAGACUCUGUCGAUGCGGGGAGUAAGAGGAAGCGAAAUGCAGAUGAGGACAACACAGACAAGGCACGAAAGGUCAACGAGUCUCUCUUCCCUUUCUCCAAGUCUCGUGGAACCACUCUCCUUCCGCCAGAUCUCCAGCUCACCCUCAAGCUUAAGGAGAACUACACCAGAGAUCUUGCUGUCUCCAAGCAACGGAUACUCUGUCAUCCAGACUGCCCCAAUGUCCCCGAGGCAAUCUGGAAUGAUGUCCUCAGCAGCCGCUAUGUUGACCUCGACAAAAUCUUCACCGCCUUCUAUACCGUUGAUGGGGACCACAAGCAGACACUCAAACUCGGAGAUCUUAAGGUCAUCUCUGGAGGUUCCAGCCGACCUGGGAAACAUGUUGCCCGACACAGCGAUUGGACCAAUGCUUGGGUCAGGUACCAAGAAGCCAUCUUCUUUGCAUUUCCCCAUCAGGCCAAUGAGUUGCGAGACUAUGCAGCCCACAUUAAUGAAUCUUUCAUCGCACUCCCUGAAUCCCAGGCUUCAAAAGUCCUCAAUUAUGACAGAGCAGUCAGGAGUGCCGUGGGAAGGAGCAACCGGCUAUUGCUCACUGACCUCUCCAGCUUCAACCACUUCUACACCAUGCACAUCGUUAUGGACUUAUAG